AUGUGUGGAUCAACAGUAAAUGUAUACCUGACAGUCACAGCUGAUAAAAAUCUAAGGUUCGUAGGGUUAACCUUAGAAAUUCCAUAGAAAGCGUUUGGGGUCAUUUUUGACCCCACGUAUGGAAAAGUGGGGUACUGGUACAAAAAAUGCAAUAACUUAAAAAAAUGUUAGUUAGAUACAAAUCCAAAUGGCCCAAUGUCAAAUAGUACCUACUUGAGGAAUACAUGGAAGAUUAAAUGAUAAAAAUUAAAAAUUACAAAGAUAUUGCAAAAAAGCUGGCGCUGGGGUCAUUUUUGACUUCCCUUAUGCAUCUAAGGGUUAAUAGAUCUCUGUAUUCAGCUUCUUGUCCAUUUCUGAUACAUUCCGCAAUAGCAGUGUCAUCUGAGUAUUUUUGGAUGUGGAAGGACUCAGUGCUGUAUUUGAAGUCUGACGUAUAUAGUGUGAACAGGAAUAGCGCCAGCACUGUCCCUUGUGGAGCCCCUGUACAGCUCAUAAAUGUCCCAGAAACACAGACUGCAAACAGCUGAGCACGCUUGGCUGAGCGCACUGCCGUUCUGUGGAUUUGAGUGUCCUGGGUGAGGUGGAUCAGCUUUUUUGAAGUGGGAUGGUCUACCCUUCCUGGUUGAUCCGCCAAAUGUCCCUGCCCUCAGGCUCGCGUCCCGGCUGCCUUGAAUAAAAGCCGUGGAUGGCAGCAGAUGCAGGUGUUAGUAAGCACAGGUAACAAGACACAAUGGAGUGUUUGAGCAUGUGGCAAAUGUUACAUUUGUUUGUAGAAGAGGAGACGCUGCGCUGCUGAGCAAACCAUGACGGAGGCGCCUUCUGUAUUAUUUACUGAAACUGCACGCUGCAAGUGGAGGAGUAAUCCUGUUAUUACCUCCGCCAAUGACGUUAUGUUUUUGGUAGCGUUGGUUUGUUUGUUUGCGUGUUUGUUUGUUUGUUUGUCUAUUAGCAACUUUACGGAGAAAGUUACAAACGGAUUGACCUGAAAUUUUGACCAGAGGUGCAUCUCAGCCUCAGGAAGAUCCCAUUACAUUUUGGUGGUGAUCCGGAUCGCCUUCUGGAUCCAGGAAUUUUUUGAAGCAUUCUUUGUGAGAUAGGGCAAAUUUUGGAAUUUUUGCAUUUAACUCUAAAAAAAUGGCCAGAGUCUUUGGUAAAAAAUUACAUAAAAGGAUCUCAAUGAGUUUUAUGAGGUGUCAAAGGUUGAUCCUGAUCCAGACAAAAUUCUGGAUACUGUGAUCCAGAACACUCAAAAAUAAGGGUGUCGUGGGAAUUUUCAGUGCUGAAAGAUAACUAAUGAAGAUACAAGGAAGUGUACGCUUACAAAUAUUGCAUAAUAAAUCAUGCAUUUAACAGUAAAGGUUUUGGUGUGAAUCCCAAUAUAAGGGGGGACAUGAGCUGCUUGGCGGAGGUCUGCGCUCUCCGAGUGCUUUUCUAGUUUUAUCUGGCAUUCGUCAGCCACACAAUAGUUGUGCCAUUGUCACUCCCUGUGUAUCACAUAAAUUUCCCCUUUAAUUCACAACAGUGCAUGUCUUGGAAAUCUUCAUAGGUGUCAAAAAUUAUUAUUUUGUUUACUGACAUCAGCUGAGAAGCCAACAUCGGCUGUUAGGGGAAUAGCAAGUACAUGAGACAUUAAUCUGCACAAUUCACAAUCAUUGCAAGUGACAUCCAUGCCAUGACCAUUCUUCCCUUGUUCUCCUGCUCUGUUCCCUAACGCAUGCUGGACCCCUGUACUGCAGGUUAAACACAGGGGUCCCAGUCCUCCAGUGGUUUUUCACCGGCGCUGACACUGACACCAGGGAGGACUUCAGGCUGAGCAGAGAGUCCCUGGAAGUGCUGCUGAACCGUCUCCAUCAGGAGCAGAGGCAUGGAUGGGGUGCCACAAUAGAGACUCUGGUUUUGCUUUUCUGGCUGGCCAGUGGGGCAUCAUACAGGGUGAUCUCAAGGGUGUUUGGGAUGUCCUGCCCCAUUGUCUACUGCAUCGUCCACCAAGUUACGGAGGAGGUAGUGGCCCUUUGUCACAGCGUCAUCUACCUCCCGAGCUCCGCUGACGACCUGGCGGCUGUAACUCGGGAGUUUGCAGGGCUGGCUAGGCACCGUGCUUUUCUCAAAGCUGCCGGUGCAAUUGACGGCUGCCAUGUCCAAAUUCAGCCAACAAGCGGUCCUGAUGGUCACUGCUACAUAAACAGGAUACUGUUUGCCUCCAUUAUAAUCCAAGCAAGUUGUGACCAUCAGGGCCAUUUUAUUGAUAUUCAUGUGGGCUGGCCGGUGUCUUUGCAUGACGCCAGAGUACUCCGGCACAGCCCACUGUACAGGCAGAACGUCUAUCCUCCUCCAGGGCAUUUCAUCCUCACAGACAGCGGGUACCUGUGCCUCCAGCACCCACUCCCCCUCAUCAUUCCCUACAAGCUGCAGGUGUGA